AUGAUUUCGAGAGACAAAAAGCCCAACGAGCUGCCCAAGUACGAAAAGACUGGUGGAGUCGACUACAGAACCGAUUUUAAGCCAAGAAAGCCGUCGCCAUUAUCACGACCAAACCUGCAGGUCCCACAAAUCACAAAGCUCCGUCUAGCUGCUGUUUUUGUGGCUGUGACGUUGAUUGUGUUCCUUUUUGGUUCGCACCACGAGGUCAGCUACUCCGACGUGCUUCAAUCGGUACAGGGAUACAAGCAGUACGUGUCGGAUUCGAUAAAGCAGGGAUCCAUAAGCUCACAGAGCCCUGCUGAGGCUCACAGAAAGCCCCUUGGUGAGGUCAGCUUUGUCGAUCUACGUGACGCAGCCGGUGACUGGAGCAAAAACAGUCCCCUGAACCAACGCGUUUUGGUGUGCAUGCCCCUGCGAAACGUAGAAAAGGUGGUUCCUAUCAUGGCCUCGCAUCUCCGAAACCUCACAUAUGACCACAACCUAAUUGAUCUCGCUUUUCUCAUCUCGGACACGGAUGACAAUACCGUCAAUGUGCUGGAGGAUGAGAUCAACUCGAUCCAGAGCGACGCCGACCCCAAAAUGCCUUUCAACAAGAUCACCCUUCUGUUCCGUGACUUUGGAUCUGCUGUCGGUACAGACUUCUCUGACAGACACGGCGUUGCUGUCCAAGGUGUUCGAAGGAAGCUCAUGGGCCGGGCCCGAAACUGGCUCCUCUCUUCUCUGCUGGAGCCCACACAUUCCUGGGUCUACUGGCGUGAUGCCGACAUUGAGACCUCACCUCCCACCAUCAUCGAGGAUCUGAUGAAGCAUAACGUUGAUGUCAUUGUUCCUAAUGUGUGGAGACCUCUGCCUGAUUGGCUGGGAAGUGAGCAGCCCUACGACCUGAACUCGUGGCAGGAGUCCCAGCCUGCCCUUGAUCUCGCUGCUACACUGGACGAGGAUGAGGUCAUCGUGGAGGGUUACGCUGAGUACCCUACGUACCGGCCCCAUCUGGCAUACGUCAGAAACGCUGACGGUAACCCUGAUGAACAGGUUGAUCUCGACGGUAUUGGAGGUGUUUCCAUUCUCGCCCGAUCUCGUGUGUUCCUGUCAGGUGCUCACUUCACCGGUUUCACUUUUGAGAACCAUGCUGAGACCGAGGCUUUCGGAAAGAUGUGCAAGAAGAUGGGCUUCACUGUACGAGGGCUGCCUCACUACACCGUUUGGCACAUGUACGAACCAUCAGAAGAUGAUCUCAAGGAGAUGAUGCGACGAGAAAAGGAAGAGAAGGAGAAGGAGAAGCAGGAGAAGGGAACCACCGAAAACAAGGAUCUUGAGGUCAAUGAGGCUCCUGAAGUCAAGGAACUUGAGGCUUAA